AUGGUCGAGGAAACAGUUCAAAAAAGCCGGCUGCGCGUUAAAAUUGCUCUACCAAAGUCAGUUUUUCUCUUUUCCGUAACAGAAUCGUAUAUGCGACACUGUGGCGAAUACCCGCAAUAUCUGGAACUUUUCUCAAAGCAUGAAAUUACUGACAGCGCACUACUACGCGUCAACGAUUAUUCACUGCAAAGGAUGGACAUAAGUCACAGUGGUGAUCAUGAAGCAAUUUUCGGUAAGAUAUUAAAACAAGGGCAUAAAACUGAUAUUAUGGAAAUACGUGAUAUGGAACGUUAA